AUGAUUUAUCAUUUGUUGUUUUUUUACAAAGAUCUUCACUAUAUUGUAUCUAUUAAUUGGUGUACUAGAAGGAAGUUCCACUGAAAAAGGUAAUAUUUCGAAAAUUGUGGUGGAAUGUAGCUUGAAUUUAUAGCCCUUGUUGUUGGGUUGUAUGGCUACUGCAAUAGCUAUAAUCUAGGUUAUGGGAGAAACCUAUUUUGAGGGCAUUUGUGCUAUCAACUAGCCCCUCCUAAAAUAGUGAACAAACAUGAACCAAGUUUAUCGAUUCCAAAUGGUUUCCAUUGAAAAUUAUGACCCACCACAUAACACCGUCAUUUGUGUUAACUUAAAUUGAUUUCAUAUAUUGUAUCUAAUCGAUUUAUUCCUUUAUUUGGAGGUGUCACAAGCAAUGGACUAUGAUAUGCCACCGAAAAUUUGUACAUUUGUUGAAAAUUGGCAGUCAUCAUAUGCAUCAUGUUUUACCUUAAUGAUGCUUGACCCUAUGUCCUAAGGGCCAAAACUUGAGUUACUAAACCAACCCUAGUAUUUAGUACUGGGGCAGGUCACAAAAUCAAAGCACUAACACCUAUAUAUGUGUACGUAAUGAUGCUAUACAUUUUGUCUUAUUCUCUCUUUUGUUUCUAGAACCACUGCUCAGAUGUGGCUGUUCUCCAUCAAUGCCAUUCUCAUGUUGAUUCAUCACAUGAAUUUCCAUGAAAAAUUAAUUUUCAUGUGUAGUGUCAGAAAUUACUAGAACUUAACACUUUGAUGAAUCCAAAUAAGAUUAGUUAAAUGUAUAAUAAUAACAAAGAUCUGGAAUGAUAUAAGUUCUUCCACAGUCAUUCAUGGGGCUCUGUUCUAAGUACUACUAGGUCUUGAUCUCCUAGUUGGAGUUAAGUUAAUUUGACAGUUAAUGUUGGAAGUCAUCAGUAGGCAGCUAGUGCUGUGGUACUGUAGCAAAUUCCUAUAUGGCUUGUUAACAUGGUCACAACACAGAGCUCUCAAGCCUUCUCAGAAUUUCAUAACCCAGAACUAUGUUUGGCUUAAAGAAAAUUAAAGAUAGAGUAACUUUAGGCUGCAAUUUUAGGACAAAGUCCAGAUUUGACCUUGGGCACUCACUAUCCAUGAUCUCAGAUCUUCUGACAAAUUAAGUUAGUGAUAUCUUUAUCACCAAAACAUUUCAAGAAGUCAGGAUGGGACUCAACUUGUUCAAGCUCAUUACAAGAAUGAGAGGGUUGAAGAAUCAAAGUUCAGAAUUGUGAGAAUACCUAAAGAGAUUGUGAAACAUGUUGAGUACAAAAUUGGACUCAAGGAAUUCAAAUUCAAGGGUGAGAAUAUGGUGGGAUUCAUGUUUUAAAGCAAUUUUGAUGGAUUGUUUGUUUCACAAGUUGUCUCAUCUCUGACUUUGUGGGGAAUUUGACAUACUUGAGUGUGUGUUGCAAGCAAGAAGGUGAAGCCCUCAUUCUUUUGUAAGGGAUAUCUCAUCAUUCUUAAUACAAUUACAGGUACAGUUAUAUACAUAUUCUUUCAGGCUUCUGUAGUCUAUGAUCAAAUAGUUUGUCAACAAAAGCAACCUAGUACAGCAUAAGAUUAUAUGAUGAACUGUAUGUAGAAGAAACUGGUAGUUUUUGCUUCUCCCAAAUUUCUGUGAUGUAUUUGUUAAUGGUUUAGGAGAACAGCUGCUUGAAGCACAUGGUGGCUUUCUCACUAGGAUGAACAAUUCUUUCUUGAAGGAUUACCUACUUAUUGGAAUCCUUCUCAAUUCCAUACAAAAGGGCAUCAAGAAUGUUGUGGAUGUGUUUGUUUUGCAGGGAGCAACCAUAGUAGACCAAGUAGUGACUAUAACUCCUGUUGAAAAUUAUGUACCAACAGCUGAGAGGGAAGUAAGCAUCACAGAUGAUGCUGUUUGUCAGGUUCCUGAUGGAGAUGUUUCACCAAAUGCUGAGCAGGGUCAAGCUACCUCUCCUAACAAUGGAAGAGUUUAUGUUAGUAAAGCUCAGGAUGUUGUUACAAGUAUGUUGGCCAAGGGUUCAGCUAUUGGACAAGAUGCCAUGAACAAGGCUAAAGCAUUUGAUGAGAAGCAUCAAUUGACAGCCAGUGCAUCAGCAAAGGUUAUUUCCUUUGACAGGAGAGUUGGGCUUACUGAGAAAUUAACAGUUGGAAUUUCAGUUGUCAAUGAGAAGGUGAAGUCUGUGGAUCAAAGACUUCAUGUGUCGGAUAAAACGAUGGCUGCAUUGCUUGCAGCAGAGAGGAAAUUAAAUAACACAGGAUCAGCUGUCAAGACAAGCAGGUAUGUGACUGCUGGAACAACAUGGUUGAAUGGUGCUUUUACUAAGGUGGCAAAGGCUGGCCAGAUUGCAGGUACAAAAACUAGAGAAAAGUUUCAUUUGGCUGUUUCGAACUUGACUGCAAAGGAUCCUUCAAUUGUGGUUUAAACCAGAAACCCAGUGUACCAUAAACUCCUGGAUUACUCAUGAUGAAUGCAAUUAAUAACCAUAAUGGAGUAAGCGAUAUGAAAUUCGAGCUAUGGGAUUGGGCAAAUUAUCGCCUUCUUUUGUUUGAUGUGCGUGGUUAGUUACAUGAUUCAUUUUGGCUUGUAGCUUUUUUUUCUCCUAUAUUCUUCUUUGAUUCCAGAGGGUAUUCUGCCACCCACCCUGGGGUUUACCUGUAAUCUUCAGUUUAUAACAUUGGUUCUACACUAGAAAAAAAGAAUUAACAUUUAUGAUGAAUGGUAUUGUAUUGGUGUUCCAUUAGAAAGAAAUUAAAAUUUGUGAUGAUGGAAUGGUAUAAUAUUA